AGCAAGACCGCAUCGACGGAAUUGUCGCCCCUCUCGCAGACAUGGGCAACGACGCAGGCCCCAAACACGAGCACAUGGCUGCUGCAGUUGUUAUGCGCAACUCUCCCCCCUCUGAGACAGAACAUACGGGCGGUCAACAGCCUGAAGAUACCGAGGCCUCUACCAUCACAGUGAACACCAAGGUCCCCGCCACCGCGCCCGCCUUCCCCCAGCCCAAGACUGACAAGCCUCGUCCACAUGGCUGCAACACCUGCGGGCGCGCCUUUGCCCGGCUGGAACAUCUGAAGAGGCACGAACGCUCUCACACUAAGGAGAAGCCCUUUGAGUGCCCCGAGUGUAAGCGAUGUUUUGCCAGGCGUGACUUGCUCCUUCGUCACCAGCAGAAGCUACACCAGACCUCCGCACCCCCCGCUCGUUCUCGCAACCGCAGAGAGAGCGCGAGCGGCGCGACUGUCGGCCAGAGCCGUGCUCGCAAGAACAGCGUCGCCGGUGCCAAUCCAAGUAGUGCCUCUGUCAACCCGGCAUCGAUGAGGCCUCGCGCCAACACUCUCAGUGCUAUCGAUCCGGCCUCUCUCCAACAAUUCAUGGCUGCUGCUACGCCUGCCAUGUCUCGCAUGCCGCCGACCCACAGCCGCCACAACAGCCUGAUGGAUUUUGGUGGCAUUGCUCACAGCUUUUUUGACAGCCAGUUCUCCGGCAUGUCUGCCGCCAUGAGCCACCGCGGCAUCCCCAACAAUCCGCUCAGGGUCGAGACGCAGGGACUGCCUUUUGGCGGCGGACUUCGCACCGCCCCGCCCCAUUCGUUUUUCGGGAAUGACUACGCCAUGGGCAGCAUGUUCAGCAAUCCCACGACUACCAUCAAUCCGAAUAUCCUUCACUUCGGCCCCAAUUCGCCACAUAUUGACCCCAUCUCCUCUCCCCCUUUCAACGGCCACCCUGACCUGGCUGGCCAGGGGGUCUUUGAGUCUGGUCUCGAGGGCUUGUCCCUCAUGAGCCCCUUCACUGGGACGGAUUUCUUCCCCAGCGGCAACGAGAACGCCAUCGACGGUUCGUCGUCCUCUGCCAUUAGCACUGCCAGCCCCGGCGGCAUGAGUGAUGCGAUGAUCGAUGGCUCCAACAACCCGGCCUCGGCAAUCCCAGCUACCACGUCGCCGUGGGCAUCCGCGAUGGUCUCGCCACAGACGGCUCCCUUCGGUGUGGACUUCGGCGCUCCUAGCAGCGGUUUUCCGGACCUGAUGAGCGGCGCUCCGGCGUCACCGCUCCCUAUGCAGUCCAACAUCAUCAAUGACUUCUUCACACCGCCACCGUCACUGGGUACUUCUUUGGUGGACCUGCCAACCAGCACCUCAUCCAUAGCAGACUUGCCGGCUAUGAGUAUCGCGACUGCGAAAACUGCGUUGAAUCAAGGUCUAGGCGCAGGCCCAGAGACGCCGACUUCGAUAAAUGGUAGUAAUCAUGGCACCUCACCCGUCUCGACAAUCACUGAUUCAACAAGACACGCCAUCCUAGGUGCCCUCUCCUCCACCGCCUCGCUGAAUACGACACUCGCCAGCCGCAGGCCGUCGACCUCCCUACAGACCUCGCCCCUGUCAGCGCACACCUCGAGCACGUCGCCUAGUGCAGAUGCUGCCAGCAGCCUCCCAGACACCCAAGACCUUCAACGCUUUGUUACCGCUUACAUCAGACACUUCCACCCGCAUCUUCCGUUCCUCCAUAUCCCGACGCUGUCCUUUGAGACUCCGACCAAGACGACGAGUGGUCACUCCAGUGGGUUCGCCGGUCCUGCGUGUUUGGCGCUGUCCAUGGCCGGUAUCGGGGCUUUGUACGAGGCCGAACAUGACAGAGCCCACGAUUUGUUCGAACUGGCUAAGAAGAUGAUCCAAACUUACCUGGAACAGUGUAGGCUCUCCAACUGGCGCAAGGGCCACUCCGGAUCAGCAUCCGACCAGGGCUCUCACGACGGCUCGAUGGACACUCCGGUAUGGCUGGUCCAGUCGAUGCUUCUCAAUGUUAUCUUUGGUCACAACUGUGGGGAUAAGCGGGCCGGCGAGAUCGCAGCGACCCACUGUGCCGCACUCGUCAGCCUCGCCCGGGGCGCGGACAUGUUCGUCCCCAGCGAUUCUGUCGACCGCAGGGACCAGGGCGCCAAGGUUGAUAUGGCCGACGAAAAUGCAGAGUGGCUCAGCUGGAAGGUCCAGGAAGAGCGGAAGCGCACGCUCUAUGCCAUUUUCCUCCUCUCAAGCCUCCUGGUCUCUGCCUAUAAUCAGCCCCCUCACCUGACGAAUGGUGAGAUUUGUCUAGAUUUACCGUGCGACGAGGAACUAUUCGAGGCUGAGAGCAGCGCUGUCUUCAAUGCCCGCGGUGGCACCAUCAAAGCCCACCAGGACCGAGUCGCAUUUCAUGAUGCCUUUGCGGAGCUGAUGCACACGACCGAGAACCAGCGAAGGCUGUCUUUGCAAGCUGGUCAAACGUUCGGGUCUGGUCUUGACCCCAACAGUUUGCCACUGAGUAAUCUUAGGCCAGGCGCCUUUGGAUGCCUCGUCCUGAUAAAUGCCUUGCACAACUAUAUCUGGGAGACUCGACAAAAUCAUCACAAUGGGCCCUGGACGAAUGAGGAUACCGAGAAGAUGCACCGGACUAUUGAGCCUGCUCUGCGGGCUUGGCAUGCAGCUUGGAGCAGCAAUCCAAAGCACUCUUUGAAGCGACCUAAUCCUUACAACGAAGGACCGCUUUCUGCGGAUGCAAUGCCGUUGCUGGACCUGGCGUACCUGCGCCUUUUCGUCAAUCUCGGUCGAUCCAAGGAGAAGUUCUGGCAGCGUGAUUGGCAAGGAGUCGCUGAGGAAUUGGCUCGUGGAGAUGACAUUUUCCAACAUGCCGAACAAGCGUCUUCCAUUCGAUUGGCGGGUGGGCAAGAAAAGAUUUCCACGGGCCUUGCUCUCACGGGUUCUCAGACUGCCCAGCUCACAUCAGACACAACAGAGCCACCAAAGUCACGCCAGGCCAGUUCCAGGCGAGAGAAACUUCUUCGAAAAGCGGCGUCCUGCGCAGUCGAGUCUUUACUGAUGGCCGACAAGUUCAAUAUCACAUUUGCCGAACUGACAAGCCGGGAACUGCCCUUGCAGUCCGCCAUGUGUGCUUUCGAUUGUGCACAAGUUUUGGCUGAGUGGAUCGCUACCUUGCAGGACAGGAUCGGUCAGUAUCUGGGUAUCCUCGGGCAAGACCAAGUCGACCUGGUCCAGGUCCCGGCGAUCAUGCUCCUCGCGGAAGAAGACACCCGACUGUUACACAGAGUACAGGACCUCCUGGACGGCUGGGGAAAGAAGCUGGAGAUGGAUUUUGUCUCGGGUCUACAAGGCGGUUACGCCGUCAAAAUCCUGAGAACUACAGGUCACAUGCUUUCGAAAUCUAAUGUUUGGCCAGUCACACGGUUGAUGGUUCAGUGUCUCGAAACACACGCAAACCACAUGAAGGCACGAGCGGAGAGGUCGGUCCGCACGCUCGAGUGAGAGCUUGUUUCGGCAGUUCGCGUCAUGAUACACACAAUCCUCAGUAACUGGGGACCUUGGUCUUGAAGUUCGAAGGCACCUAUCUCAACUUGACAGGCAACCGACAACAAGGGUGGCGGCAUGUUCUGGGUUUGAAGUGUCAUGAACACGAGCACACAUUGCAGCGUAUUACGGCGCCAGGAGAACACAUAAGCGCGCACGGCGAAAUCCUUGUCUUGAGUGUUGCAUAUCUUGAUGAGACAUCGUCUCGUCACUCUAAGUCACUCACUCGAUCCACUGGAUGCACUACAUCGGAUUUUACCUCUUCUUUGUCUUUUCGAGAUGUUAGUAAAGGAUUAUGAUCGGUUCCUAUCUUGGAUGAGGCGGUCUGAGAAAAUCACGCGACGUUGUCAAUGACUCACGUCAUGGGUUAUGAAGUAUGAACAAAAGUAUCUGGGAGGCAUCCUCGUUAUGCUUUCGAAUUUUACGACUCGGGUGGAGGACAUAUAUUCUUCCAUUUUUUCCCUUGGGUGUUCACUUGGCUCGAAAUGACCAAGAAGGGAGGAUAGUUUGAUGACUUCUAUCAAGCCUUGUUUCACGUCCGGAGCUCGGAAACCUCGCACCUGAUGAAAUUGCUUCCGAGAACCACGACUGGAAAAUUGUUAUUUGGAACUGAUGGAGUUCGUUGUCUCGUCAUUAUAAUUCUUCUUUUGAUGACCCCAGGGCAAAUGAUACCUCGGCUCGUUCGAGCGAUGGUGAAAAUAGCGAAUUAGUAUAGCAUCAUGAAGAAUUCAUACUAUGUCCUUUGAG